UGUGCACCUGCUCAAUCCAGGUGGAUUGUGGGAUAGAAUUCCGUACACAUGAAAUUUAGCCUUUUGACAGUUGAAUGUUUUUAUUUUGAUUCAAGUAUUUAAUUACUGUGAGAUAAUUUAGAUUGAUUGAUGUUAAACAUUUAUUAUUAACUUAGAGCUAAAGGUAAAAGAUGGACCCCAAAAUAGCGAAGAAAACCCAAGAUUCUCUUGGAAAAGUUAUUAAAAAACCUCCUUUGACAGAAAAGCUACUUUCAAAACCGCCAUUCAGAUUUCUGCACGAUGUAAUGACAUCGGUCAUAAAAACAACUGGUGUCAUGAAGGGUCUGUUUUCCGACAGCGAAUUAAACUCUGAGAAUGUGAAGGAUAAGGACAGUAAAAUAGCAUUUCUCCAGAAAGCAAUAGACUUUGUCUCCCAUGCGUCAGGGAAAAGCUUACCGGUGAAACCAGCAAAGGUUGUGGCCGGUCAUGAACCAGAAAGAACGAACGAGUUUCUGCAAGCCCUGGCAGCAGCUAUUUCAAAUAAGGUUGACAAUGACAGCAUUGUAGAUGCAGUAAAAAAGGGAGGUAAACCAUCGUCUAAAAAAGAGGAAAAGGAAGAAAAACCUCAACGUGAAAAGAGCAGUGAUCGGCGAAGACGAGACGAGGACAAGAAAAGUCGAGACCGCGAGGAGAAAAGUCGUGACAGGGAGAAGGAAGAUCGACACAAAGAAAAAGAAGACAAACAUCAUAAGGAAAAAGAAGAGAGACCUCAUAAAGAUCGGGAGGACAAGCAUAAAGACAGAGAUGAAAAACCUCGGGAAAGAGAUCGUGAGCGGGAGAGCAGGCACAAAUCAGGGAGGGGCAGUCGGAAAAGGGAAGAAGAGGGGAAGGAAAAUGAUGCUCCCAAAGAGACCAUGGUCAAUGGCGAUCAUAAGCAGAGCGAUGCUCCAACAAAAAUGCAGCGACCUACUUCAGCUAAAGGGUCCCGCAGGAGAAUGGAAGCCCCAGUGACUUUUACCGGAGAUGGGGGCCUGAGUAGUGAUGAAGAUGUGCCGGCUCAGAAACAAGAUGCAGGGUUCGGGGGAGAAGACGAUACCGUUCCAUCACAGCCUGUUGGGCGAUUGGCACGACCCAGCAGCGCGCGACCAGCCCCACCCAAACGAAAAGACGACAUAGUACAACAGGAGCCGGCCAUGCGAUUGGGCAGUGGGAAACCUCAGAAUCUCAUUCUUGAUGACGGGAAGGAUUCGGACGAGGACGAGACAUUUGUUGUGGAGGAGGCGGCUCCCCCGCCCAUGGAGCCUGAGCAGCCCCCACCAAUGGCUGGCGAUGAAGACGAUGACGAAGAUCAUGGAGGGCUCGUCAAGAAAAUAAUGGAGACGAAGAAAGAAUAUGAACAACCCAGGGAAAACAAAAUCGAACGACCAACAAUAUCAGACGCUCAAAGACGCAAACAACGUGAAGCUGUGCAGAAGGAAGUCGACAAGUUGCGAGGCAGCAUUCAAACCCUCACACGAAGUGCAAACCCUCUGGGAAAAAUUAUGGACUAUGUACAGGAAGACUUGGAUUCUAUGCAGAAAGAACUGGAGAAAUGGAAACAGGAAAACAAGGAACAUGGGCUAGCUUUGAAGAGAGAAAAGGCUAUCACAGAGAGGGCUGUGGAACCAUUAAAGGUCCAGCUUGGGGAGGUUGACCAGGCCAUUAAAGACCAGCUAGACCUGAUUGGUGCAGUCAAGUCUAAUAUUAUACGAAACGACCAGAAAACUGAGAAAAUGUUACGGACAAUAGCCAAAUCAUGAGCGUGCGAAAUAGGUUUUUGACAUGUAUGUUAGACUGUUUAAUAUUUGAAAAUUGACAUUUAAAAAAAAAGUGGAUAAAAUUAUGUUAAAUUCAAAAUGAUUUAAAUUUAGAUUGAGAGAGGCUGCGAAACACUACUCGAUUGAGUACAUGUUAACUUCUUUUUGUGUACUUAGUUAUCCUGAAAUGUGUUCAUUGUACAAGUUUAGAAUGACAUGUACAAUCGCACAAGGAAAAUGGAUUAUGUGACUAUCACUGAGCCCUCAAGAACACAUUUAAAGAGAAAUAUUUUCAGCGACUUUUAAAGCUGAACUUUCACAGGUUGACCUUUUUGAUAACUUUUCUUAAUUUUCGUCUUGAAAUAAGCCAAUGUUUGUGUAAAUAUCGAGAAACCAGUGCUGUUAGACUGCUGACAAAAGAUCAUAUAUGUUCAUAUAUAAGUUCGAAAAUUUAUGUUUUAUGUCUAAAAGCAUUACUUGGCUUUAAGACUAAAUGAGUUCUUUGGCAGUUUUCCAAAUACUUGAGAUCUGUUCUAUUGCAAGAUAUCUUGUAUGACUGAAAGGCAUUGAUGCCAAAAAUUAACUGAUUCUGAGACAAAAAUUGAAAGAAAAGUCAAAACUGCCAGUCUGUGAGAGUGCAGCUUUAAACUCAACAUUUACAUGUAGGUUUAAGUACAAGCCACAAUUUUUCGAAACCUUUUAGUUCCCAAUAGCAGGCUUUAGCUAAGCUCACUUUUUUGUUUUUCUAUAUUAAAUUUGCAUAUAAUUUACUUCUUUAAAGAGUUUUUGGACUUAAAAUAGAAAUGACCUUUAUGAUCAUCACAUUAAACCAUUUUUCUUUUAAUAGAAUGAAAUUUAAGUAUGUAUUUUGGCUUAUUGAAAUAAGCUACUUAAGCCUGUUAGAGCUGAGUCAUGUUUCGCAAGCUCUAGAGUGUUUCAACAGUGAUGAAGUAUUAGUGUCUGAAACUUACAAAUUUGAGAAAAAAACAUAUCUGAUGUAAUUGACGUUAUUGAAUUGAAGUGUUUUAAUACAAGCAGAUACAAACACAUUUGCGCUAUAAUUUGAACUCCCUAAUUCUACUGGUAGCAGAUGAACAAAGCUUUGAAGCAUUUCCGAGCAUUGAAUGAUCGUGGCUUUUGCUCUGCCUAAAUACACCAAGUGAAUUCCAAAUAAAGUGCAAAAUCUUCACAAAUCAAAGAAGGCCGACUGCGACUAUCAGCGAAUGGGUGUAAUAUUUUUUUAGUUUUACAUAUUAAUGUGGAAACAAAUACCAAGGGCUGGCUCGUACAUCUGCAGAGAAUGUCCAGUUUCAAAUGGUUGUACAUCAACCAAUUAAAUUGUAGCCUGAAAUACAAUCUUUGAAGCCCUGAAAUAAUGCUGUUUGAAGUGCCGAAACCUUACUGUUUGCAUUCGCUUUUGGGACAGUACAACAAGGACGUCUAUUGGUUGCAAAAUAGCAUUGUGAUUUUGCUUUUAUUAGCUAAUUGACGAGUAUGCAUUACUAAGUUUAUUCGCAAACAGUAGAUUUGAUGAUUUUAAAUUAGUGAAUUCAAAUUCAGAUAAAUGCUUGUUAUAUAUGUAGAAUAAGAUGUAUAGAUGGUAUUUUUUCUAUUAAGUGAUUUCAUGAUAUAUUUUUGUAAUAUUUAAAGGAUAAGUAGAAAAAUUGUGAAGAAUUAUGAAUUGUGUGGCUAGACAGCUUUAACUAUACAUUACGAGAUGUGUUAUUUUGAACUAAUCAUUAGUAAUGAUAUUACUGUAAGCUGUUAUAUUUUCACAAUACUUUCAAUAUAGGCGAUUUUCGGCAAAUUGAUCAGACCCAAAAUUAAAAAAAAACCUAGACAAUUUUUCCAUUACAAUAUAUUUUUUUCUAAUGAUAAGAUAACAACAUGUUGAAUUUUAAACCUCCCAAAAUUUGUCAAAAUAAAAAUGAAAUUAAUAACCUCGCAUAAUUAUACCAGUCUAUAGUUUCAUGUUAUUUUCACAAGAAAUCCAUAUUAUAUGAUACAUGUAUGACAUAAAUUAAUAAAUUUGUUUAUUGUUUGUUCAUUAUUAUUUAAAUCACUGUAAUACACAAUGUAGAGUCUCCAGUAAUUGUAAAUGUUAUGGUGUGUUCAAAAUCACUCUUAUGUCAAGAGCAGCAACUCUUGAUAACUUGUACUAAAUGUUGCUACACCUAAAUGUAAUUGCCUCCCUUACACUGUGAAAAAGUUGGGAAAUCUAUUCUAUGUUUCUCAAGUCCAAAAUGCAUUUUGUUGGACCAUGUAAUUGCAUGUCAUGAAAUACACUGUUUGUUUGUAAUACAUUUAUGGAAUCUCAAAAUACUGCUAACAGAAUUAUUCUGUAAUGUGUUUUUUUAAGCUUAAAAAAUUAAAAUCAAAGAAUUCCACUAUAUAUUUAUUUGAUUGGGACAAAUAUAAAAAGUUAAAAUAAACAAAGUUUACUGGGACAAAUAUAAAAAGUUAAAAUAAACAAAGUUUACCAUCUGGCAGUUUUGCUUCUAUCAAUGUUUUUUUUCUCACAAGGGUACAAGAGAGCACCGCCCAGGGGAUUAAGACAAACUGCAAAUUUGAGAAAUUUGUCUAAAUCCCUUUGGUCAGAGUAGCUCCAGGGAUAAAAAAAAUACUUAAAAAUAACCGGCCAAGUCUAUUUUUGUGGUUUGCAGUCUAACUGGGCCUGUCCAAAUUUCGCCCUGUUGGGAAUCGACCACUGUCUAUAUGUCCUCUAUUGCUAAUACCUAAAAUCAUUAUGUUUGACUCUCAUACAUGGCUCAUCAUGUGAUUAUAAUAAAACCCGACCCAUUUACAUUAAAUUGUGCUAGUAGUUAUUGCGUUAUUAUUAUAUACAUAUCAUACACCUCCGUCCAAAACUGUUGAUAUUGACAGUAUAAAGUAAAAAACAUUGUAGCUUUACUUUCAUUUAUUGUUUACUUUUAUUUUUCAUUACAUGUACUUUAGUUUGGUAUGAUAAAAACAGUUAGUCUAAGGAGAUAAAGAAUUUAAUGUAGUUAUUCCAAUUUAUUUUAUGUUUUUCUUACUCAGACCUGGCAACCUCAUUUCUUACAAUUUUGAAUAUAUUUUUUUGGUAUAAAAUCAUCAGUCAUUCUUUUGUAUAUUUCUAUUGAUUUCUUAUUGGCGUGGCACUUUUUGGUAUCUUUUCAAUAGCAUUUAAACAUUCAUUGAACAUUUAUUUAGCAAAAUCAAAUUACAGAAUGAUGAUUGUUUCCUCAUGAUUUUAACUUACCAAAAUGAUCACUUUAUUUAUCCAAUGAAAUGAAAAUUGAAUUAAUUUUUACCUCCUUCUGAGAAAAAUGUUGUUUAAAAAAGUCAAGUUACAUAAAAUUAUGGAAGUUAUAAUAUAUAUGAUUAUGUUUUUGUGGCUUUUUAGUUUAGAUAAAGAAUAAUACAAUUAUUAGUACUUUUUUUAUAGAAAAUACCUUAUAGUUCAGGCAAAGCAACAUUAACAUGUCUAUAAUCCAUGCGAAAAUGCUUAAUUGUAAUAUGUUGAAAGAAUACUUGCAUUUUAUAGGAGAAGUAUUCCUAUUGAGAUCUUAAAGAGUUAGUCCUUUUGAUGUUUCAGAUUUGUUCAUUGUUCAUUAAAUGCCUUGUAAUGAUCUUGAAUGUUAAUGAAUAUGUUUAUGUAAAUAGUAUUGAUGUUAUUUAUGUAUUUAUUUUGUCAUUACUUUUGAAUUCAGCUGAAUAGAGUGAUUCUCAAUUA